AGUGGCCACACCGUGCUCGACAUCUCUCCACUGUCGGUUUAUGGAAAGUGGUGUUUGAGGCGGAUGAGAAAAUGGCGGCUUCCUGGGCGGCAUGAGAACAUGUAGCUUUUUCUCAUUUUUAUUUAGAAUUAUCCCGGGUUCAAAUUAUUAAAUUGAGUCCCGCUCUCGAGACUUUUUUUUUUGAUUAAAGUUACAACUUACGAAGAAACUGAAUCUACCGGCACCAUGACAUCUGGGACCUCUGGCUCAGUUCUGCAGCCACGGUGGAAGCGGGUGUUGGGUUGGUCCGGCCCUGUCCCUCGGCCCCGACACGGACAUCGUGCAGUUGCAAUUAAAGAAUUAAUGGUCGUUUUCGGGGGUGGCAAUGAAGGAAUUGUGGAUGAACUGCAUGUAUAUAACACAGCCACCAAUCAGUGGUUCAUUCCUGCUGUCCGUGGCGACAUCCCGCCUGGCUGUGCUGCGUAUGGGUUCGUGUGUGACGGCACCAGGCUGCUGGUGUUCGGGGGGAUGGUGGAGUAUGGCAAAUACAGCAACGAUCUGUAUGAACUGCAGGCCAGUCGCUGGGAGUGGAAACGUCUGAAGCCCAAGUCUCCUAAGAACGGCCCUCCUCCCUGUCCCCGCCUGGGACACAGCUUCUCCCUGGUAGGGAACAAAUGCUUCCUGUUCGGAGGACUGGCUAACGACAGUGAGGACCCCAAGAACAACAUCCCCAGAUACCUGAACGAUCUGUAUACGUUGGAGCUGCGUGCCGGCUCCAGUGUGGUGGGCUGGGACAUCCCCAUCACCUACGGGGUGUUGCCCCCGCCCAGAGAGAGCCACACCGCCGUCGUCUACACAGAGAAGACCUCUAGCAAGUCCCGUCUGGUCAUCUAUGGGGGUAUGAGCGGCUGUCGACUGGGGGAUUUGUGGACACUAGAUAUAGACACCCUGACAUGGAAUAAGCCGUCCAUCAACGGGACAGCUCCUCUUCCCCGCAGUCUCCACUCUGCCACAACCAUCACCAACAAGAUGUUCGUGUUCGGAGGCUGGGUUCCCCUGGUGAUGGAUGACGUCAAAGUAGCGACACACGAGAAGGAGUGGAAGUGCACUAACACACUGGCCUGUCUCAACCUAGACUCGAUGGCGUGGGAGUCGGUGCUGAUGGAUUCUCUAGAAGAUAACAUCCCCAGGGCCAGGGCCGGUCACUGCUCCGUGGCCAUCAACUCGCGUCUCUACGUCUGGAGCGGACGGGACGGAUACCGCAAGGCCUGGAACAACCAGGUGUGCUGUAAGGACCUCUGGUACCUGGAGACAGAGAAGCCCCGCCCCCCGUCACGGGUGCAGCUGGUGAGAGCCAACACCAGCAGCCUGGAGGUGAGCUGGGGUGCGGUACCUACUGCAGACACCUACCUGUUACAGCUGCAGAAGUACGAUAUCCCUCCCGCCUCGGCCGCCACCACGCCUGGCGUCAGCCCCGCGACGUCACUACCGGUCAACUCCCCCAAGAGCCCUGUCACAGCCUCUGCAGCGUCCCCCCAGGGCCUGCCUCUCCAGGGCAUAACGCUGGUCCCCUCCCCCACCACCACAAUGCCUGGGAGUCCACUGGCUGCUGCGAAUGCACGCGGGCCAGCUAUCCUGAAGGUGUCUGCUCCCCAUUCCACCACAGGCACCUCCAUCGUCACGGUGAGGCAGGCCAACCAGGGUGGGAAAUCUCCCCCUGUAACGGUGACGUCACUUCCUGCCGGGGUCCGCAUGGUGGUGCCGGCUCAGGGUGCACAGGGAACGCCAAUGGGCAGCAGCCCUCAGAUGAGUGGCAUGGCUGCGUUGGCUGCAGCGGCUGCUGCCACACAGAAGAUCCCGCCCUCCACGGCCACCAUGCAGCUUCCAGCUGGUGCUACUAUGGUCAAGACCGUGGCCAUGAGCCCCGGUUCACAGACUGUCAAAGUAGCCUCGCCUGUUAUGGUUAGUAACCCAGCAACCCGCAUGCUGAAGACUGCUGCGGCUCAGGUGGGCACGUCAGGUGUUGUCACACCCGGAACGCCUUCUCGCCCUAUCAUCACCGUGCACAAGUCUGGCACGGUGACGGUUGCCCAGCAACACCAGGUGGUUACCACGGUAGUGGGAGGAGUCACCAAGACAAUCACCCUUGUCAAGAGUCCCCUUACUAUGGGGGGAGGUGGAACACUGCUGUCUAACCUGUCCAACCUGGGGAAGGUGAUGUCCGUGGUCCAGACCAAGCCUGGUCAGACAGGAGCGGUGACGGGACAGGCUGGCUCCAGCCUCCAGCACAUCAUUCAGACGAAAGGUCCCCUCCCAGCGGGCACCAUCCUGAAGCUGGUGACCUCAGCGGACGGCAAGCCCACCACCAUCAUCACUACGUCCCAGGCCGGGACCGCGGGGGGCAAGCCCACCAUCCUAUCCUACAGCGGCAUGCCCACCACCACCAAGCCUGGCACGCACAUCAUCAAGACCAUACCCAUGUCUGCCAUUGGACAAGCAGGAGUGACAGGAAGUGGUAUGAAGUCCCCCAUUACCAUUAUCACCACUAAGAUGAUGACACCAGGCACCGGGACACCAGGCAAGAUCAUCAGCGCAAUGCCCAGAGCUGGGGCUGGUCAGCAGGGACUCACACAGGUGGUGCUGAAGGGUGCCCCAGGACAGCCCGGGACUAUUUUACGGACCGUCCCCAUGGGAGGAGUACGUCUCGUCUCCCCGGUUACUGUUUCCGGUGUCAAACCUAACGUCACCACCCUUGUUGUCAAGGGAACCACAGGUGUGACAACGUUUGGUACGGUGACUGGUACAGUGUCUUCGAGCCUGGCGGGAGGAAGUGUUGCCACGGCUACUCCCAUCACCACCUUGGGCACCAUGACCACUCUGCCUGGACAGGUCACCGUCUCCGCAGCUCAGGCGGGAGCUCAGCCCACUCAGGUGACCCUCAUCACGACCCCCAGUGGUGUGGAUGCUCAGCCUGUCCACGACCUCCCGGUUUCCAUCCUGUCCUCCCCCACCUCCGCCGACCCCUCGUCCACACAGCCCGAGGCAGGCGACCCAGGAACGGUAACCCUGGUCUGCUCAAACCCCCCCUGCGAGACCCACGAGACCGGCACUACUAAUACAGCUACCACGGCCUCCGCUAACAUGACUGGUAAUGGUGGGGUGGAGAGGGUGUGUUCAAACCCGCCGUGCGAGACCCACGAGACCGGCACCACCAACACUCAAACGACAGCGUCCUCCAACAUGGGCCAGGUACAACAGGUGUGCACCAACCCGCCGUCAGAGACCCACGAUACAGGUACCACCAACACCCAGACCACCGCCAGCUGUAACAUGGGAUCCAACCAGCAACAACAAGGCUCCUGCGUAACCAACAACGCCAGCGGGUCUGAUCCCUCCUCUCCGCCCCCCUCCUCCUCCUCCGGAGACCUCUCCCCCUCGUCUGUUUCUGGUACCAGCUCUGUGCCCGGGGUGCUACGACCGGAGACUCUGAGAACAGGGACCACCUACACCUCGACCACCGCGCGCUCUAACAUGGGCUCUGACCAGAUGGGCAUGACGCUCAGCUCCUCGUCCUCAGAUAACCAGAGCAGGUCAUCCAGUGGUGGUGGAGGAGGAGGAUCCCCCCUCACAUCUCCUGUCUGCUCCAGUCCACCCUCUGAAACGCACCAGACUGGCCCCACUGAGGCCGGAGCAGGAGGCAGAAGCGCCACACAGGUCUGCUCCAGUCCACCCUCUGAAACGCACCAGACUGGCCCCACUGAGGCUGGAGCAGGAGGCAGAAGCGCCACACAGGUCUGCUCCAAUCCACCUUCUGAAACGCACCAGACUGGCACUACCACUACGUCGACGCAGGCCAACUCCAGUAUGGGCAUCGGGCAGACUACAGGGACAGUGCAGAGGGUGUGUUCCAAUCCACCGUGUGAGACACACGAUACAGGGACGACCAACACCCCGUCUCAGACUACGUCCAACCUGACAGGAACGGGCACGGUCCAGAGAGUGUGUUCCAAUCCACCGUGUGAGACACACGAUACAGGGACGACCAACACCCCGUCUCAGACUACGUCCAACCUGACAGGGACGGGCACGGUCCAGAGAGUGUGUUCCAAUCCACCGUGUGAGACACACGAGACCGGCACCACCAACACUGCAACUACAGCCCAGCCUGGUGACUCGACACAGGGAGACAACGGAACUACAGAGGCUCCCUCGUCGUCCUCGGUAACCACAGAGUCCAGCGCCGUGGUGGCGGCUGGCCGAGCAGUAACCACGGUUACCCAGUCCACACCCACACCUGGACCCUCCGUACCUGAGAUCUCGUCGAUGUCUGGGUCGUCUGAGGCGAUGGUGGCGGCAUGUAUAGAGGGAGAGGAGGCCAUGCAGACGGACUGUCUCCCAGAGGGCACAGUGAGGGUCGUGACCCUGGAAGAGGCUGCUGCAGCUGGGAUACAGGUCCAUGUGGAGGACAUGGAGGAACAGAACCAGGGGGAGCAGGAGGGCCUGCCUGCGGAGCUGAUGUCUGAAGGUGACGCGGGGGGCCAGCAGACCCUGAUGGUGACGGGUUUAACCCCCGAGGAGCUGGCUGUUACCGCUGCAGCCGAGGAGGCGGCACAACACGCUGCUGCUGAGGAGGCUAACGCCCAGGCCAUGGCCAUACAGGCUGUCCUGCAGGCCGCACAGCACGCUGUCAUGAAUGAAGGAGACGGUGGCCAGGAGGGCCAGCACCAAACCACCACCAUCCCCAUUGUGUUGACUCAGGCUGAGCUGGCAGCCCUGGUACAUCAACAACAACAGCUGCAGGAAGCCCAGGCUCUGGCCCAGGCGGCAGCGGCAGCAGCAGCAGCACAGCACAACCAGUUUGAUCUGACCCAGCCCACCGAGGGCCUGGCCCCAGCAGACAGCCUGAACGACCCGGCGUCAGAGAGUAACGGCCAGGAGCUGGCUGCAGCAGUGACCCAGGCGGUGGCCCGGCUAGCCCCAACCUGCACCAUGGUGGUGACAAACCCGGCUAAGAGUCAGCCCAUGAUGGUGGCCACCCCGGCUAAGACUCAGCCCAUGAUGGUGGCCAGCCUGGCUAAGACUCAGCCAAUGAUGGUGGCCAGCCCGGCUAAGACUCAGCCCAUGAUGGUGGCCACCCCGGCUAAGACUCAGCCCAUGAUGGUGGCAACCCCGGCUAAGACUCAGCCCAUGAUGGUGGCCAGCCUGGCUAAGACUCAGCCCAUGAUAGUGGCCAGCCCGGCUAAGACUCAGCCCAUGAUGGUGGCCAGUCCGGCCAAGAUGCAGGCAGCUGCGACCCUGGCAGAGGUGGCUAACGGCAUAGAGUCUGCUGCAGGGAGACAAGGAGCUCCUCCUGCGGUGGCCAAAGCCCCGGUGAAGAAAGACAACCAGUGGUUUGAUGUUGGCAUCGUCAAGGUGACCAACACCGUGGUCACACACUACUACUUGCCCACUGACGACCAAGCCACUGUCGAUGAUGACUCUGGGGCGAUCCCAGACUACAGUCAGAUGAAGAAGAUGGAUCUCCAGCCAGGGACGGCCUAUAAAUUCAGAGUGGCCGGGAUCAACACCUGUGGUCGAGGGAACUUCUCAGAGGUCUCGGCCUUCAAGACGUGUCUACCAGGCUUCCCUGGAGCUCCCUGUGCUAUCAAGAUCAGCAAGAGCCCAGACGGCGCCCACCUGACCUGGGAGCCUCCGUCGGUCACAUCUGGUAAGAUCAUUGAGUACUCGGUGUACCUGGCCAUCCAGAGUGCCCAGAGCGGGGAGCAGGCCAAGCCCACCACCACCACCACCCCAGCCCAGCUGGCUUUCAUGCGGGUGUUCUGUGGGCCCAACCCUUCUUGCCUGGUGCAGUCGUCCAGCCUCUCCAACGCACACAUAGACUACACCACCAAGCCUGCCAUCAUCUUCCGCAUCGCAGCCCGCAACGAGAAAGGUUACGGCCCUGCCACGCAGGUCAGGUGGCUCCAAGAGGUAGGUAAAGAUGGUGUUGCAGCUAAACCAACUGCUAAGAGACCAGGCUCCUCACCUGACAUGAAAGCUGCCGGUCCAAAGAAGGCCAGAUCAGACCAGUAAAGGGAGUUUCCUUCUCCCCUUGUUGUCCAUGAUGACUAUUACUGAACUGAAUACAACACCCCUCAACCAGCCCUCACCAACUAUCUACAAUAUCCUUGCCUCAACCUCAGCCCCACAAACCUGGACCCAGACUGGCCCACGAACCUGGACCCAGACCGGCCCACGAACCUGGACCCAGACCGGCCCACGAACCUGGACCCAGACCGGCCCACGAACCUGGACCCAGACCGGCCCACGAACCUGGACCCAGACCGGCC